ACGAAAGUCAGAGAGAAAGAAAGAAAAAAACACAGCCAACAAGUGAAUAAUAGCAUAGUGCUGCCCUCAACAAUCAACAAAUAAUUUUUAAACAAUACAACAUACGCACAAAUUACAAAUUAUUGAGACUGCAACAACAUGGGAGCCGCCAUUCUGCCAAUAUUGUUCUUUACCUCGCUGUGGGCGGCUGUGGGAAUUGCCGGACCAAUUUUUACACCAAGGGGGCCGAACCAGAAGUUGAUCAAGUGUCUCUUGGUGCUGACGGCGACGUGUUGUUGGCUGUUCUGGUUGUGCUGCUAUUUGGCACAAAUGAAUCCGUUUAUUGGACCAAAACUCACCAGAUCGGCUAUCUACAUAAUAUCUAAGUCUUGGAAUAAUCCCCUGAAGGAAGGCUAAUCAAGGAAAGAAGCAACGAGGGAGGAUAAGGGCGAAGACAAUCAAUUCUGCCAACUGUAUUAAUCUCCUACAUAUGUGUAAACUAAUCUCGAGGACCAAAUUAUUAUACCCAAGGCGAUGAAUUUUUUAAUUAGCAUAAAUUGUUUAAACUAACUUUGUGCAUUCCAAGCGCAAUAAUAUAGAAA